AUGAAUCAGCAAUGUUCGUGUGGGAACUGGGCAGUGGAGAAGACGUCAUGGACGGAAUAUAAUCCGGGGCGACGAUUCCUCACUUGUGUCAACGGUAGGUGUAACUUUUUCAGGUGGAAUGAACCAGAGUUCGAUGCGCGCAGUAAGAGUGUGAUAAACGGACUACUCCGGCGGUUGAAGAACAAGGACGACGAGCAUUUCGCUGAGAUGAUCAAGGCUAAAGAUGAGUACCAACAUUUCUACAAGGAGGAGCUCACAGAGACACAAAAUGAAGCUGCCAUUUACAAGGAGAAGAUGUCUGAGUUGAAGAAAGAAGCGAGACAGUGGAAAUUUGUGUGUGUGUUAUUGUUGUUGUACGUUUUCCAUUACUGGUUUGCACCAGUUGGUAGGGAUGAAACCAAUGUGUAA